AUGAAUAUAUACUUGUGUUAUAUACCAAUAAUAAUCUUAGCUUUCUACUACUUGUUUAACUCUCUCGUCCGAAGAAAUUCACAAACAAGCCCCCCAAGCCCUGCCACAUGUCUUCCUAUCAUUGGUCAUUUCCACAUCCUGAAAGAACCAUUCCACCACACUCUAGCCAACCUCGCGGACCGGUUCGGUCCAAUUCUCUCCCUCCGGUUCGGUUCACGUCCGGAUCUCCUCGUCUCCUCUCCGUCAGCCGCCGAGGAAUGCCUUUCCAAAAAUGACAUCGUUUUCUGCAACCGUCCUAGUGGAUUUCUCACCGCAAAACACCUCGCUUUUAACUAUACCAGCCUCAUUUGGGCCCCUUAUGGACCUCACUGGCGAAACCUACGUAGGAUCACCACCGUCGAAAUCCUGUCCUCUAACCGUCUUAAAUCACUCGCCGGCAUUCGGUCCGAAGAAGUGAAGCUUAUGAUCCAACGGCUGCGUGAACUUUGCGGAUCAUCAUCAUCAUCCGAGGUAGUAUUGAAGCCAUUAGUGUAUGAUGUUUCUAUGAACGUAAUGACUAGGAUGAUAUUCGGGAAGAGGUAUUAUGGAGUGGAAGGUGAAAAUAAUGGUGAGAAAUUUCGGGAGAUGUUGGCGAAGAUGUUGACUUUGUUUAAUGAUGCUUGUAUUGGAGAUAUGAUUCCAUGUUUAAGGUGGUUAGACUGGUGGAAAGAGGGGAGGCUAAGGAAAUUCGACGUCGAACGACGGAUGAUUAUGAAGGAGUUGAUUGAGGAGCAUAAAGAGAAGAUGAUGAUGGUGGUGGAAGAUGGAAAUGAAGAGUUUAAGGUGAAGCCGUUGAUUCAGAUUUUGUUGAGGUUGCAAGAGUUGGAGCCUGAGUAUUAUAACGAUGAGAUCAUCUUCGGCAUUAUUUUGGAUCUCUUAAUCGGUUCAUCAGAUACAUCUGCAGAAACCAUCGAAUGGGCAUUAUCACUCUUACUCAACCAUCCCCAAGUUCUGAACAAAGCCAAACACGAAAUCCACAAUCAUGUUGGCUAUGAAAGAUUACUUAACGAAUCCGAUCUUAACCAUCUUCCUUAUCUUCGGUGCAUCAUCAAUGAAACACUCCGGAUGUACCCACCUGCACCAAAUCUAGUUCCUCAUGAAUCAUCCGAAAAUUGCAUGGUCGGAGGAUACCAUAUUCCCCGUGGUACAAUGCUCCAGAUCAACUUAUGGGCUAUACAAAAUAACCCAAACAUUUGGGAUGAUCCAACAACUUUUCGACCCGAGAGAUUUGAAGGAGUGGAGGGUCACAAGAUAGGGUACAAAAUGAUGCCAUUUGGGUCUGGUAGAAGAAGUUGUCCUGGAGAAGGGUUAGCUAGCCGUGUCGUUGGGUUAACCCUUGGCUCGAUAAUUCAGUGUUUUGAGUUAGACAAGAUUAAUUUUAUGUUGGUUGAUAUGACCAAAGCGGUUGGGUUUAACUUGCAGAAAGCCGAACCGUUGCGAGCUUUAGUUCGCCCGUGUCCAGCCAUGAUGAGCCUACUGGAUCAAAUAGUGUGAGCUGGUGUAAUGUUCAUACAUGGCAUACAUUAUCGUGAGUUUUUUAUUAAUCUAAUUUGCUUGCAAUCCUAUAUUGGAAUGAUUUUAUGUCUUAAUUUUGGGUUCUUUCUGUUGAGAUUUUAAGAU